AUGUCGAGGACGCUUCUAAUUACCGGUGCUACCGGGAAACAAGGAGGCAGUGUAUUCAAUAACCUCCUCAGCCAGGACGCGGAUUUCGAGAUUCUUGCGGUAACCGGAGAUGCCCAGUCAAACAGUGCUCAAAAGCUACUCAAGAAGUCGUCGAAGAUCAAACUGGUGGAAGGCAAUCUCGAUCACCCGGAGGAUAUCUUCAGGCAAGCCCAAAAGGUCACUACGUACGUACAGACACCUGUCCCAGGACUCUUCAAGGAGGAUUCCGAAGAAAGACAAGACAAAGCACUUGUCGACGCAGCUCUCAACAACAAUGUGAAGUUCUUCGUAUAUACGUCGGUCGAUCGCGGUGAUAUGCAAUGGGUGAUCUUACGCCCCGUGGCAUUCCUCAACAACUUCACGCCUGAUUUCUUUGGAUCCGUGUUCACGACUAGUUGGAAGAUCGUUCUUCGCGGGAAGCCAUUACAGCUGAUAUCUGUCACGGAUAUUGGGUUCUUUGGUGCGCAAGCAUUUUUGCACCCGGAUGAGUACAAGUAUAGAGCUCUUUCUUUGACAGGCGAUGAGCUAUCAUAUGAUGAAAUGGCGAGGAUCUUCAAGAGGGUCACUGGGAAGGAUGUCCCUCUUACUUACGGGUUCCUUACUCGAUUGUUGAUGUGGGCGUUUAAGGAAUUGGGGGUUAUGUUUCGAUGGUUUCAUGACUCGGGGUAUAAAGCCGAUGUUCGAGCAUUGCGAAAAUUACAUCCAGGUCUGAAGAACUUUGAGUCGUGA